UUGAGCUAGCUAGCUAAUUGAAGGAUGCAGGAGUAGCUAGUUGAAUCAGCUGAAGAAGGGAGUGGAGAAUAGAGAUGGGCCAUAGGUGCUGCAGCAAACCGAAAGUUAAAAGAGGCCUGUGGUCUCCUGAAGAAGACGAGAAGCUUAUCAAAUAUAUCGCUGCUCAUGGUCAUGGAAGCUGGAGCUCUGUCCCUAAAUUUGCAGGUUUAAAAAGGUGUGGUAAGAGUUGCCGGUUGAGAUGGCUGAACUACUUGAGACCAGAACUCAAGAGGGGUUGCUUUUCUGCAGUAGAAGAGCAGGUCAUCAUAGAUGCUCAUAGAAUUUUGGGUAACAGAUGGUCUCAGAUAUCAAAACAUCUCCCAGGAAGGACAGAUAAUGAGGUGAAGAAUUUCUGGAACUCAAGCAUAAAGAAAAAGCUCAUGGCACAAGGCUUGGACCCAAAAACUCACAACUUGAUUCCUUCUCACCAGAGGGCAGCUAAUAAGGUUGCAUGCAAUACAUCACCAUCUAACCACCAACCCUUCUCAAUUAUCUCCAGGGAUUCAAAGAUGAAAGAUGUUUCCAUGAAGAUAAACCCUCCUAUUCUAACACUAGCUUCCCCUUAUCCUACUAAUGGCAGCACUCGACCUUCGUUGCUUCAAACAACAACCGGCUUACCCUUGCCCACCUCUUGCUAUGAUAACCCUAGUGUCAUUUGGAAUGUAAAUACUCAAAAUUCUUAUGAUUCCUCCCUUUUUCCUUGCGUGUCAUCCAUUGAGAACUCACUCGUUUCCCCUUCAUCUUCGACUUCGGUGAACCCAACUGGGUUUGGUCUCCUAGAUGAAGAUUGCUUUUGGAGUUGUAGUAACAUUGUUGAGCCCUUUGAAGCCGCAAAAUUAUUCGAAAGCAUGCGACCACAGGAUCAAGAAAACCAGCUGAACAAGAUUUGUGACACACAAAUCGUUGAUAAGAAUAAAGGAGUUCAUGUUAAUAUGGAUGCUUCAUUUGGCACCUCUAGCUAUGAUCUUGAGUUGGUCGACUCCACAUUAUUUCCUGGUUCAAUGUGUCGUGAUCUUAGCUCCAUGGAUGAUUUUUCAUGGAACUUUUAGGCCACCAUAU